AUGGCCCAGCAAAAUAUGAAAGUGAGGCCUGUGCUUCUAAAGCGUAACAGUCUAGAGUCGGUGGAGCUCGUGAAACAACCUCACCACCGCAGGAGCAAAUCCCAGCAGGUGAGAUUCAAGGAAGAUGGGAACACUAAGAACCCAAGUGGCCUAGCUGAGGUGGACGCCCGAACUCCUGAAGAGCCAGUUGUGAUGAAGAAGACCCCAGCACCCAGGCAUCAUCACCCUCCCACAUAUUCACUCUCUUUCCCCAGGUCCCAAAAGGCAGGGGGCUUUCAAAACAUUGCGAUCCAAACCUCCCCCAGUCUCAGGAAGCAUUUCCCGGUUUUCAAAAGGAAGAAGCUCACAGCCAGCAAGUCCCUGGUGGAAAUGCCAACAGCACCCCAAAGUGCCAUCCAGGUCAACGGCAACCUCUCUGAACAGGACAUUGUGUCUUCUGACCUUGCCUAUGUAAGGCUGGCUCAGCAUCUUGAGGAUGGGCCUCGAAGGGUCAAGGUGUCCCACCCGUUUCUCCCUACGGUGUCCAAGGUGCAAAGCAAUGGGCCUGUUAGCAUAUGCUUGGAAGCAGGGACUUGGAGAGCCUCAGAGAAAGCAACAGCUGCCAUUCAGGUCCCAGAUGAUAUUUAUCACAGUCCUUCCUGGGAAGCUAGAGAGUCCACUUUCAGCCCAGACAGGUCAGCUGAAAAAACCAACUCUGCACACCCUUUGGUUGACAUGUGUCCAGAUGAUGGCAGAAGGGUGACACCAUCAGAUUCAGAAAGAUCCCCAUCCUGCUUAAAUGCCACCAGCGGUGCCAACCACAUGCCAGGCACAGAGAAACUUAAACCCGAAUUGCUUGUUCCCAAAGACAUCUCUGAUGACAAAGACCCUGACCCACUGUUAUCUCAGUCAAAGGAAAUGUGUGUCCCCUCACCUUCACGGACUCACAGCUUGCCCUUGCCAGGUUCCCACAGCCAGCCAGCCCAUCCAGGAAGAGCCCCAGACUGUCCUUCAUUGAGUAACAAUCAGCAGGAUCUGGUGUCACUCAAAACUAACAGUGCAUCAAAAUCUGCCCCCACGUGUCAGGAGCAGAUGGCGAAGAACCCUACCCAGUCAGACGCCUGGGAGUUUCAAAACUGUCCAGGAAGUGAUCACCUCCCAUCCUCUCUUCCAAGGAGUGAGAACAAACUUCAGAGCAGCAGGGAGAUUAGUGGCAUUAAUCAAAUUCACCUGGCACGGGGAGAACUCUGCGACCUCCAAGGCCGGCUGCAAUCCGUGGAGGAAUCUCUACACUCGAAUCAAGAGAAAAUUAAAGUCCUUUUGAAUGUAAUUCAAGACUUGGAGAAAGCUCGAGCUCUCACUGAGGGGCGCAACUUUUAUCGAACUGGCCAAGAUCUCAACAAUUGCAGCACCUGCCAGAACACGGCGUGCAUCAUAUACAGUGUAGAGUAUGAUUUUCGGCAGCAGGAAGGCAGAUUCCAUGAAGUUCUGCAGAGUUUGGAGGAAGCAGAACCAGUUGAGGAGGCAUCUCCGCCACCAAAGUCCCCAGCAGAGCCCCCAGCCCCUGAGAAACAGGACUUAAGGCGGAAAACCAAGAAGGUGAAAAAGAAAUGCUUCUGGUGGAUCUGA